UGCUGUCUCUCUCGCUCUCUCUGCUGUCUCUCUCGCUCUCUCUGCUGUCUCUCUCUCGAUCCUAUUCUAGCCAUCUUUCUUCACUCGAUAAAGAAAUACACUUUUGCUGUUUAAUGCCGUUUAAUGGAUACCCUUUAUCAUACACCAAUGAGCCCAUAAAUUGUCAUCCUCUGUCAAGAAAAAUACAGUCUUUCAUUGUGAUCACAGACAGAAUGACAACAGAACUACCACACUAAGAGAAACUCUGCAACAUGAGUGAUCACAGAGAGUGUUGUCAUGCUCUUAAGAACGGAAAGUCACAAUGCGUCCUGGCCUGGGCGUGAAUGAUGCAGUUCCCAUAUUUGGCGGGUUGCGAUUGGUGGCAGCCAGCGGUGGUAUCAUUGUUGUAGGACUGCAGGAUGUCCUGAGGAAGACACUCCACACUCUUGCCUCUACCAGUACAGCACAGCUGUCUAGCGUUCACAGCAGGGAGGCGCACGGCACGCUCUACACCUCCGGUCACCCCCUCGGCCUCCUGAGGUGCUGGCCUGGAACGUGGGCUGUGGAGAUCCCGUCUUCUCCAACCCCCGUCCUGAAGGGGACCAGAAAUUUGACUUUUUGUUUCUGUUUUUGUGUCUUUUGGUUGUUGUCGGUUCUGCUGCAUAAGGAAAAAGUCUAAGUGUCAAGAAAGAGAAGACUGCUCUUCUGUACUGGGAGGGCAGUGGAGAGCAUAGACAGUAGAGCCAGGAGUGUGCUCUCCGAUUGACCGGACAGACCGUUGACUGGACAGAGAGACGGAGUGGGCAUUAACGUCAAGGAGGUAAACCAGGAAAACAAAACCGCUAUAUUUGGCGAGAUAUACGCGUCCAUUGACACUUUGGCAUUCACAUUUGGCAAUGUAGUGUCUGACUUUCUUAUGGGAGAUGUGGACAGCCAAUCAGGGUUGGGGAUUCCACCGACCAGGAGAAGCAGGUCUUCUGAGAAUCUCUCUGUGGAUUCUGGGAGAUGUGUUCCAGAGAAGGAUACUGGGUGGAAGAAUGAUCUAGUGGGCCCAGAGGUGGCGCUGUCUGAGGAGGAGGAGGAUGUUGACCUGACGCUGCAGAAGAACGACAGCGGGGUGGAGUCGGCUCUGCUCUAUGCCAAGGCCUGGUCUAAGUACACCAAGGAUCUGCUGGCCUGGGUCGACAAACGCCUGGGACUGGACAUCGAAUGUGCCAAGAGCUGUGCCAAAAUGGCAGAAUCUGCAAAGAUGCUUGCGAGUCAACAGGACUACAUGCCAUUCAGAGAGACCUAUAUCUCUACGUUUAAGAAUGACACAGAGUACAGCCAACUCCUCCUGCAGACUGCCACUGCCCUGCAGACCAACAAAUUCAUUCAGCCGCUGUUGUCCAGAAAGACUGAGCUGGACAAACUGAGGAAAGACCUUAACGAGCAGUGGCAGAGAGAACAGAAGAAAAUGCAAGAGUCCGAGGCGGCGCUGCGUAAGGCCCAGUGGGCCCAGACCCAGAGGACAGACGAGUACCAGAAGGCCCAGUCGUCAGCCAGCCGCUCCCAGGAGGAACAGCCCAGACAGCUGGACAAGAAGAGGAAGCUGGAGGAGGAGGCUCUACAAAAGGCUGAGGAUGCGAGGGACCACUACAGAUCCUGUGUAGCUGAUGCAGGAGCCAGGAGGGCAGAGCUGGCCAGCACCAAGACAGACAUCCUCACUCAGAUCAGAGAACUGCUGGCUCAGUGUGACCUCACACUCAAAGCUGUGACCGUCAACUGGUUCCAGCUGCAGCAGGCCCAGACAGUGCCUCUCCCCGGCCACUACCAGGCCCUGUGUGAAAACGCCAAGAUGUACGAGCCUGGACAGAAAUAUGCAGAGUUUGUCAGAAAUCUACCCAAAGAUCAGAUACACAUGGAGUCCUUCUCCGUUGACGGACGGUUUGCUUUGUUCAGCAAGCGUUCGCUGGGCAGCACGAGUUCCCAUGGUAACUUGUCCCAGGUGUCCCUGACCUCCGAUGACGUCCUGAGUGGGGACGAGGUGGACAGUCCCCUGGGGUCGCGACCUGGGAAGAGGUCCAACAGCACCACAGACAUACAAGGUGACUUUAAACGCAGACUACCCAGAACCCCCUCCACUGGCACCAUGUCCUCAGCAGACGACCUGGACGAGAGACAACCAUACCCAGACAACGGUCUGGGUGAGAUGGUGACCGAGGCAGACGGUUCCCCUGGUCCGUUUCGUAAUGCCCAGAUGUCCAAGGCGUCUCAGACACACAAGCUGAGGAAACUCAGAGCGCCGUCUAAGUGCAGGGAGUGUGACAGUCUGGUGGUGUUUCACGGAGCAGAAUGUGAAGAGUGCUCCCUGGCCUGUCAUAAGAAGUGUCUGGAGACCCUGGCCAUCCAGUGUGGUCAUAAGAGGCUGCAGGGACGACUACAGCUGUUUGGGAUAGACUUCACCCAGGCAGCGAAGAACAGCCCAGAUGGGAUCCCCUUCAUCAUCAGAAAGUGUACCUCUGAGAUCGAGGGCAGAGCGCUCAACCUCAAGGGAAUCUACCGUGUGAACGGAGCGAAGUCUCGUGUGGAGAAGCUGUGUCAGGCGUUUGAGAAUGGCAAGGACCUGGUAGAGCUCUCUGAUCUCUCACCCCACGACAUCGGCAACGUGCUCAAACUCUACCUGAGACAGUUACCAGAGCCGUUGAUCCUGUAUCGCUACUAUAAUGACAUCAUUGGAUUGGCCAAGGAGAGCCAGAGGGUGAUCAUCGAAGAGAAGGCUGUAGCCAGGGCCCUCCAGGACCAGGGGCGGCCAGGGGGAGAACAACCCCGACCAGGAGGCACCCAGCCUGGGGUAGAGGGAGAGCAGCCUCCCAUGAGAACCAGCCAGCCUGGAGGAGACCAGCCCAGUAUCAAACUCAAUAGAGUCAUCUUUAAGAUUCGAGACCUGUUACGACAGCUACCGCCUGCAAACUACAAGACUCUCCGCUUCCUCAUCGCACACCUACACAGAGUGACAGAGCAGGCGGAGGAAAACAAGAUGACAGCCAGUAAUCUGGGUAUUAUUUUCGGCCCUACGCUGGUCAAACCACGACAGACUGAUGCAGAGGUUUCCCUGUCUUCUCUGGUUGAUUACCCUUACCAGGCACUGAUGGUGGAGUUGCUGGUACGUCACUUUCAGAUGAUCUUUGACGUGGCCAGCCCCGUCUCCUCCUCUUCCUCCUCCUCCACGGCGGACCAGACCCGACUCACCCUUCAGGAGGAGCAGAGACUCAGCCUUCGCUCCGUCUCCCUGCUCGACAUCAAGGAGCAGAGCACCAAAGUCUGCAAGAGACACUCGUCGGUCAUCCCAUCCUCUCAUAUCCUGGAUGAGGUGAAGACAGGAAGGACUGGACCAGACAGGAGAGAGUUAACAGCCCUGGAGAGGCUCAACGGCGUCAGCUCUGCUGCUGCUGGUGCUCCCAAGGUGCAGAGGUCUACCCUUGUGUUUGGCCGUCCCAGCAUCAAUCUCACCUCCUCUACCUCCUCUACGGCCCCUCGGGUCCAACUUCGCUCCCAGCGCUCGAGAAUACUGUUCCGACCAAUCAGCAUGCCCUUGGAGCGCCUGCCCCUCCCCACCCCCUCCCAGGUCGUUGAGAGGAACAACCAGAACACCAACCAUCCCACCGCUGACUCCAUCACGGAGAAGGAAACGCCUCGGAUUGGUGAGGGGUCAAGGGUCAGUACCUACUUUAUCACACCCUUCAAUCCGCAGCCCGUGCAGCGUAGGACCUGGGACAGGAAGUACAAACACUACGAUGUCACGCCGCGCACCGCCAUGAUCAUGGCUAACUUACCGCCUGCCGGUGCUGUCCCCGGAACACAGCCGAGCGGGAAGCAGCCGACGGUGCCGACACAACCAUCCGCAUCUGGGCCGACUAGCUCUGCUCUCCCAUCCAGUGGAAGUGUCGGCACCAUAUUCCCCAUCAGCCCUUGCACGUUAUCGGGGAAGGCUGGCCAGGCGUCCAGAAGAGACAGAGAGGAGACAAAGGACAGGCCUAACUCUGCCGCUGGAGGUGGUGAGGAGACUAGAACCUCUACCAACUCCCCCAUAGCGUUCAGACAACCGAGGAAUCUGCAGCCUCCGCCCGGAACCUUCUACAAGCCUCCUGGUGGUUCUUCAGCUACGAGAGGCUGGCCAUCAUCAAGUACCUCUGGUACCACUAGCCCCAUCAAUAUGUCCCCAACUCCUACUGUUAAAACCUCUUCCCCGACCACUCCUAAUGUUAAAACCUCUUCCCCGACCACCUCUACUGUUAAAACCUCUUCUCCUACUGUUAAAACCUCUUCCCCGACCACCUCUACUGUUAAAACCUCUUCUCCUACUGUUAAAACCUCUUCCCCGACCUCUCCUACUGUUAAAACCUCUUCCCCGACCUCUCCUACUGUUAAAACCUCUUCCCCGACCACCUCUACUGUUAAAACCUCUUCUCCUAUUGUUAAAACCUCUUCCCCAACCUCUCCUACUGUUAAAACCUCUUCCCCGACCUCUCCUACUGUUAAAAUCUCUUCCCCGACCUCUCCUACUGUUAAAUCCUCUUCCCCGACCACCUCUACUGUUAAAACCUCUUCCCCGACCUCUCCUACUGUUAAAACCUCUUCCCCGACCUCUCCUACUGUUAAAACCUCUUCCACGACCUCUCCUACUGUUAAAACCUCUUCUCCGACCUCUCCUACUGUUAAAAUCUCUUCCCCGACCUCUCCUACUGUUAAAACCUCUUCCCCGACCUCUCCUACUGUUAAAACCUCUUCCCCGACCUCUCCUACUGUUAAAACCUCUUCCCUGACUUCUCCUACUGCUCUCCUCCUCCUCGCUUCCUCCCAUUCCUCCACCAUGACUUUCUCCUCUACCCCUACGGUUACCACCGCCACCCUUCAGACCUCAAACCUCCCCAUACACUGUUCACAGGACUCAGUGGACAGCUCUGUUAGUGUUGACCCUGAGGUUGAGACCUCCGCUGACCUUCUACCUCCCCCGGUCCCCUCCCCCCAGCAGCCCAGAGGACCUCAGCCCCACUGAGGCCAAACCGCUGCAUCAAAGACUGAGACCCCGGCCCAAACCCAAGCAGGAAGUCUCCCCACUGUUGACGUCUGUAAGCAGGAAGUCUCCCCACUGUUGACGUCUGUAGGCAGGAAGUCUCCCCACUGUUGACGUCUGUAGGCAGGAAGUCUCCCCACUGUUGACGUCUGUAAGCAGGAAGUCUCCCCACGGUUGACGUCUGUAAGCAGGAAGUCUCUCCACGGUUGAUGUCUGUAAGCAGGAAGUCUCCCCACGGUUGACGUCUGUAAGCAGAAAGUCUCCCCACGGUUGACGUCUGUAAGCAGGAAGUCUCUCCACUGUCAUAUUGCCGUGUCUCCUUCUACAGCCCCCAAUAAAACAGUUUUUACAUAUGUGUGUCUGUAAAUCAUUUCUACAGUGUGUAUCUCUGUGCCAGAUUGUAUAUUGGGAAAAUAACUAUUAUUUUGAUGUCAGAAGAAGUGUGAAAGGUAGACCAGGAAAGUGUUACCUACAUGUGUUUUAAUAUAUUAUAGUGUCGGGCCAGUAACCGAAAGGUUGCUGGAUCGAAUCCCCGAGAUGACAAGGUAAAAAUCGCCUCUGAACAAGGCAGUUAUAACCCACUGUUCCCCUGCACCGUUCUGAUUCAAAUGCGGAAGACACACUUCAGUUGAAUGCAUUUGGGGUGAGUCCAAAAUGGAACUGGGACUUAAAUGAAGUUACUUUUCUCAAUGAAAUCAUGUACUCAGUUCUUGUAGUCAUGUUAGAGAGAGAAACAAUUAAUUAGUUAUAUUGGGAAUGAAAUACAAUUUUAGUUUUUUUUUUUUUUUUAUACAAUGAAUGAUAAAGUGUACGUGUCCCUGUUCUGGAUGUAGGGAUUUGCUUCUAUCCACAUUUACUUUACAUCUGUCCCUGUUCUGGAUGUAGGGAUUUGUUUAUAAUAAUAAUAAUAAUAUAUAAUAUAUGCCAUUUAGCAGACGCUUUUAUCCAAAGCGACUUACAGUCAUGUGUGCAUACAUUCUACGUAUGGAUGGUCCCGGGGAUCGAACCCACUACCCUGGCGUUACAAGCGCCAUGCUCUACCAACUGAGCUACAGAAGGACCAUGAUGCACUUACUUAAUUCAGGUUCAAUGUUAUUAUUAUUUUUCAAAACAAAAAAUGUGUUGUAUUGUAUUACAUUCCACAGUGAAUGGAUGGAAGCCUUAUUUUGUUUUUUACCCAUAGUCCCGUUCAGAUUAGCAUCUGAUACCUCAUGUCAUGUCUUUGUACCUACCUGGUUACGUUUUAUAUACGUUACUUUGAAACUGCUCGUUUUGUUGCGUUGAAUUAUUUGUCAACGUCUUGUGACCAUACAGAAAGACAUGCAAAAAUACAACAAAUUAAAAGUAUAGCUGAAACUUUA